CAAUUGAAGUCUUGUAUAUUUCUGGGGCGUUUUGCCACGAAAGCGUAAAUCAAAUUUUUCAAACACAAAAUUCGAGCUUAUAAUAGAAGAAUUUAGGUAUAGAAUAAUAAUAUUUGAACAGUUGCAGUGAUGUUUAACAAAGUGAUGCUAAAAUAUUAACGCGAAUUUGCUAUUUAUAGUGAAAAUUUGUGCAUAAAAUUCUUAUUGCGGCAACGGCAACUGCGACGCGUCGCACAGCCGGCUUUUGUACGCUAAGUUGUUUUUGAGUAGGAGUGAUUCUACUCUACGAAAGAAUUGUAUAAACCAGCGGUGAUUUAAUAUUUUCUGAACACCAUGACCUUGGAGACUGCUUCCGCGAGUGGCAGCCGGUCGAGGGUGGCGUUGGCCUGGGAGAAGCAGGAACAUCUCAUUAAAUUGGCUGUUCUUAUUUUGGCAGCUGUGCUCUCGUUCGCUACACGUCUGUUCUCGGUGCUGCGUUUUGAAAGUGUCAUUCAUGAAUUUGAUCCAUACUUCAAUUACCGUACCACGCGGUUUCUGGCUGAACAAGGAUUUUACAAAUUUCACAAUUGGUUUGAUGACCGAGCAUGGUAUCCGCUGGGGCGCAUUAUUGGUGGCACCAUUUAUCCUGGGCUGAUGGUGACAGCUGCAGCCCUUUACAGGCUAAUGUGGUUGUUGAACAUAACCAUUGAGAUUAGGAAUGUGUGCGUGUUUCUGGCGCCCUUUUUCUCUUCACUGACCACACUUGUUACCUACGCGUUAACAAAGGAAAUACAUAGUACUGGCGCCGGUUUGGUUGCAGCUGCGCUCAUAGCAAUAGUGCCCGGUUAUAUAUCGCGUUCUGUAGCUGGCUCUUAUGACAAUGAGGGCAUCGCUAUCUUCUGCAUGCUGCUAACCUACUAUUUGUGGAUUAAGGCAGUCAAAAGCGGCGCCAUUUUUUGGUCUGCAAUGUCAGCAUUGGCAUAUUUCUACAUGGUCUCCUCGUGGGGUGGUUAUGUGUUCCUCAUCAAUUUGAUACCAUUGCACGUGUUGGCACUGAUGAUCACCGGCCGCUUCUCGCAUCGCAUUUAUGUUGCCUACAGUACGCUGUAUUGCGUAGGCACCAUACUCUCGAUGCAGAUUUCUUUUGUCGGCUUUCAGCCAAUACAAAGUUCCGAGCACAUGUUGGCACUUGGCACUUUCGGCUUAUGCCAAAUACACGCUUUCGUUGAUUUCCUGCGGGCACGGCUGUCGAAAGAAAAUUUCGAAGUACUGUUUAAAGCAUUGGUGUCUGCCGUACUAACUGCAGUGCUUUUAAUUGGCACUGUGCUGACAAUCACUGGCAAAGUGUCGCCAUGGACUGGUCGUUUUUAUUCUCUGCUUGAUCCUUCAUACGCAAAGAAUCACAUUCCAAUCAUCGCGUCUGUGUCAGAGCAUCAGCCCACAUCAUGGUCGUCAUUCUACUUUGAUUUGCAGAUAUUGGUAUUUCUUUUCCCAGCCGGCUUGUACUUCUGCUUCUCCAAACUGACUGAUUCUAAUAUCUUCAUCAUCCUCUAUGGCGUAACCAGUAUUUAUUUUGCAGGCGUCAUGGUGCGUUUAAUGCUUGUGCUAGCGCCAGUUAUGUGCGUUUUAUCCGGCAUAACCACAUCGCAUCUGUUAUCGAAGUACAUAAAAUGUAUAGACGCCGGCUCUUCGAAACCUAUUGAAAGUAAGCGUCAAUAUAAGAAACUCGAACAGCAGAGCAGUGGCGUGAAGAGCGAAGUUGCUAUCGGUUUUGUUGGCAUAAUCACUUUUAUGCUCAUUGUUUAUACCUUCCAUUGCACAUGGGUCACAUCGGAGGCAUACUCAUCGCCCAGUAUUGUGCUUAGUGCACGCUCACACGAUGGUGGACGUAUCAUAUUCGAUGAUUUUCGGGAGGCCUACUACUGGUUGCAGAUGAACACACCUGAGGAUGCGCGCAUCAUGUCGUGGUGGGAUUAUGGCUAUCAAAUUACGGCAAUGGCCAAUCGUACCAUACUGGUGGAUAACAAUACCUGGAAUAAUACGCAUAUAUCACGCGUCGGUCAAGCGAUGGCAUCGUCUGAGGAGAAAGCAUACGAAAUCAUGCGUGAAUUAGACGUUGACUAUGUGCUAGUAAUCUUUGGUGGUUUGACCGGUUACUCAUCGGACGAUAUAAACAAAUUCUUGUGGAUGGUACGCAUCGGCGGUAGUACAGAUCGCGGGGCGCACAUCAAAGAGCGUGAUUAUUAUGCCGCCAAUGGCGAGUUCCGUGUCGACAAAGAGGGCUCACCAACGCUGCUCAAUUGCCUCAUGUAUAAGAUGUGUUACUAUCGCUUUGGUCAGGUGUACACCGAAGGCGGCAAACCACCCGGUUACGAUCGUGUGCGUGCUGCUGAAAUUGGCAAUAAAGACUUUGAGCUCGAUGUAUUGGAGGAAGCCUACACCACCGAACAUUGGCUGGUGCGCAUUUAUAAGGUGAAGGACUUGCGAAAUCGUGGUGUGUGAAUACAGCGGCGUCUAAAUAACAGUGCUCUAACCAGUGCAGUACUCACAUAGUAUUGAAAAAAAAAAAAUCAAAUAAAAUAUCUGAUCCUUUAAGUUGUACGACAGUUUUGUGUAUCUGAUUGUUUUGGAAUUGAAGUUACUAUAAGCGGUGCUUAUUUAUUGUUUGAAUGUACACUUUUUGAAAUCCUUGAAAAUGUGUCCGAACAAAACUACGUUAGAAACUUUUUGAAGAAGAAGGUGCAGUUACAAAUCAUAGAAUCUACAAAUGAAUGUACAUUUAACGAACAGAAUCCUCAAAGUUAACUAAAAAUCGCUAAUAUUUUAUUCAUUAGAAUAGCCAUUAGUUCGAGCGUAAUGUUGAUUUCACAAAAAAAGCUUUCCAAUCAGCAAAUUUUGUAUAACUUUUUUUAUGAACGGCGCUAUUUUUACUUACCAAUGCAAUAAAAAGCAUUAAAUGAAUCUUAUUUUGGCAAUACACAUCAUGGCCUGCGGCUCUCUAUAUUUUUAAGUUUAAUGCGUAAUUAUUUCAAUUAUAUAAAUAUAUUUCCUUGCAUUUAUAGACACACUUUCAUACAAAACUACAAAUUGCAAAAGACUAAUAGCACUAAAAAGAUGGAUUUAACAAAAAUGGCCAAUUGCAUAUGUUAAAAUAAAUGGAAAAAAAUAAAUUUUCUAAGAUACAAAUUGUAAAA